GCGAAAGCCGGUUCUUUCUCCCCGGUGAUGGAACAACCAAGCAACGAGGAGGAACAGGGGGAGGAGAGAGGAGGAGGAGGAGCCAUGGCUAAUCUUCCAUUGAAGACCACAGGAGAUAGAGGAGGAGUGAGGAGGAACAACCAAUCAACAAGGAGGAACAAGCGGAGGAGGAGGUGCAAUGGCUAAUGUUUCAUUGAAGAGCGCAGGAGGUGGAGGCGGAGGAGGAGUGAGGAGGAAGGAAAGCUUUCGUCUCUCUCAUACACCUGCAUCUCGGGGACCCAUCCCCCGGCUUGCCAGCAGACUGCAACGAUGCAUCUUCGGAGAAGAUGACGACACGCUUCCAUGGACGGAAGCCGGCGACAUUGCAUCUUGUGAAAGAGAGGCUUCCAAUGGCAACGAGGACUCAACCAAGUUAUGUUCGGCUCUUGUUCACUCAAGGCAAAGAAAGGAUGUCCAACGUGGAAUGAGCAUUCUAGCAGCCGAUUUGGAUAGCUCCAGCAGCCUCUUGCAGAAGAUGGAGAAGCUUUAUCUUCUUGCCGUAGGAUACUUUAGGACAGGAGAUGAAACACAUUGUUGGCUUCUUCUUCAAGAAAUAGUGAAGGAUCUUGAUGAAGUUCCAGAGUUGGAAGAGGAAGACACAGCAACCAUGAGUCUUCUGUCGGCUCUCAUGCAAUCAGGGUUGCAAGAGAAUGUGGGGAUUGGCAUAGCUUUGCUUGCAGAUGCUCUAAAAGACUGUAGCAGUAGGCUCAAAAGAACAAGGGUUCUUUGUCUCCUUGCCUUGGAAUAUCGUAGACAAGGCCGCUAUUCAAAGAGCCACUACUUUAUAGAACAAGCUUCAAAGGAACUUCCCCUUCUAAAGAAGGUUUUCCAUCUUGAAGAUGUUGCUUACCAUAGGAUGAUGAAAGGUGAUCAGAUCAUCAAGGGUUUUGCUGCCAUCGCGGCAAUGUUAUUUGCUGGUGGGUGCUUUAUCCUAGGAAUCAAGAAAUUCAGUAGGUUGGAUAGAAGGGGUAAAUGAAGAGCAAGACACUAAACUUCUAUGUUUUAUCCUAUUUGUCUUGACUACCAAUGUAAAAUGUCUUGAACAUCAUUGUAGUAAGUAGAUAGCUUUAUUCAGCUUCCCUUCAGCAAUAAAUAUUGCUUCAAGAAAGUGAUUGGGUUUUUUUUUCUCAGCAUUUACAGUUGGGCGAAUUUGCUUUACAUUGUAAUUGAAAUGUGAAACUUGAGA